CGCUGAUUGAAAACUGCUUGGGCAUAAGAGUAACCAUCCUAUGCUGUUGAAUCACUCUGCCAUUGGAUCCAAAGUACCGCCCGCUUUCGAAUUGCCAACAUUCGUUACAACGGACCCAGAUUGCCAUCCCAUUCAGGUAGUGAGAUGCAAUGGCAUUGGUUUCACGUCCCUACGACGGUAUCUCCAUCCACAACGCCAGAAACCUCCUGGUCGACCAAUAACAACGGUCUUCCACCCAGUUUUCAUUGGUUAUUUAUCGGGAUAUCUGUUAACUUUUUACGGCCAUCUUAGUUACCAACCGCUACCUAUCUAUACGCCCUCAUUGUCGGGGCACAUCCCAUUACCCCCGACCACUACUUCUGUGCUCGCAUCCAACCCUAGGGAUGCAAAUCUAUUGUCUACGGCCGAUGUGCUGCCACUUCCCUCGCACUGUAAUGCCAGAUAUCGUCUAUCAGGCAUCAUCAUGCUGCCUGAAGGCACGCCGGCAUUAGAGAUGUCCAUCAUCAGACACCUGCAUCCUGCGACAUUUUCUGAUCCCCACUCUCCUCCUCACUCGAUCCCCCCCUCUGUGGCCAGAUCGAUCCGCUCGUCUCGCUCAUCUCACCGGACGUCGAUUCAUGACUUCUCUGAUGACAUCAUUGAGCAAGAGUUUGCUCGACAACGCCAACUGAGAUCCAUGGGUGUGUUGGAUCUUUUAACAGAAGAAUAUAGAUAAGAUCUAUGAACGAGCAUGAGUAAGUAAGUAUCAG